AUGGAUGAAGAAGAUCAGAAAGAGAAGAUCCAGAGGGCAACACAUGAUGAUGAUGAUGAUGAUAGAUCUCAAACCGACCAUAUUCCUCUUGAUCUAACCUUGGAAAUACUCUCAAGACUUCCUGCGAAAUCGAUCUUGAAAUCUCGGUGUGUGUCCAAGCUCUGGUCUUCUUUCACCAAACUUCCGAGUUUUAUCAGCAAUUUCGCGUCUCGCUCCUCUUCACGGCCACCAAGACUUCUAGUCACAUUAUCAACAGAAUCAAAUGAUUUCGUUUUCUCGUUUCCACAACACCAAAAUCCCGACGGGUCUUAUCCUCAAGUCUACAGUGAGAGCGUCCAGGGCUUGUUCUUAUUACAAGGAUUCAAGAUUAGGAACCCAAGCUUGAGACGGCUUUGGACCUUACCACAUCCCACACCAAACAUCCCGAGUCAUGAUAACUGGAUGUCUUAUUUAGGGUUCGAUCCAUUGGAGGGUAAACACAAAGUACUAUGCGUAUCGCAUAAAGAGUCCCAACAGCCUCGUGUUAUUACAUUGGGAGCUCAAGAUCAAUCUUGGAGAAUAAUAACCAAAGGUGUCCCUAGGCAUUGCCCCAUUAGUGGAGACCAUGGGCGAUGCUUCAAUGGUAUUCUGUAUUAUAUAGCUCGUCUCGUUGGUGUCAACGAUCAUCCUAUAAUAAUGAGUUUCGAUGUCAAAUCUGAAAAGUUUUUCAAACCGAUAAAGUAUCCCACGACUUAUACUCGUUUGAGCUUGGUUCCCUGUGUGAUGCCUUAUGAGGGACGGCUUGCCUUAGUUGAAUAUAGCAUUAAUAUUGAUCUCUAUGUUUCGAAAGAUGCAAAUGGAGACGAAUGGACAUGUAAACGGUUUAUUCGUUUACCUCCUAGUAGAGAACGGGGAGUAUAUCUAUAUUUCAAGGGCAUUACUGAUGCUGGUGAGCUUGUUUUUGCACCGUGUCGUGUGUUUGAAUCGUUUUAUGUUCUAUAUUUCAAUCCUAGGAGAAACAGUAUCAGAGAAGCCUUGUUUGAAAGAAUUGUGGGCAAGGAGUUUAGACAACGUUACGGGCUUUCUAAGAAAUAUACAUUCAAGACGACUGUUUUCCCAAAUCACAUCGAGAGUCUUGUGUCUUUAUAA